UGUGCUGCUAUUGAUCAGCGUAACACAGCAAGCGAUCGAUCUCGUCACUGCCUCACUAGAUACCGAGGCCGCUAACACGCAGCGCGACAUUCCGGCGUCACGUAGAGCACAGCGCCGGUGGCGGGCAACGCUCAAAGCGUCACACACGUAGGGAGUACACUGCCGCUAUUUAUAAGGCAGUUUGUGAAUAAUAAGUUGCCAGUCGGCGUUCAGAACAGUGUGUAUAUGAGACGCGAGUGGCUUGUCCAUGAGAACGCCGGAUAGCCUGUGCUGACGUUAAGGGUAGUGACCAACGCAGUAACUGACCCCUUGUGUGGUCAACACUGAAUGCUAGUGUUGUUGGGGUGGACAAGUUUACGAAUGGGGGCCUACGGAUAGCCGACCGAGGACAGGUGACUAGACAGACAGUGGGCAGACGAUCGACCAGCAUUUUCCAAAAUGGCAGACGAGAAGGCAAAGCCUACUCUACGCGUGGAGGACACCAUGGAAGCUGAAGCGCGCACACAGAUCAUGUACAGACAGAUAGAGGCUUUCGAGGAAAAGGUGAAACUGAGCUCAGAGACAUUUAGCGAUGAGACUUUUCACAAAAUGAUGACGGAACUUAAUAACAGUUCACUUGCCAAGAAACUUGGGGGCGUUUACUCCCUUGCCAACAUUAGGAGCGUAGUGCAAGAAUUAGAGAAGAACGCGAGUGCCUUAAAUGAAGGAAGAGCGUCAAACAGCUCUAACUCAGGAAGCAGCUCUGGCAAGUCAACGCCAAGCAAAAGGGAGAACAAAAUUUUACUUUAUUUAAAAUGGUUCUUGGAUUAUGUGACUUACAUGCGGGAACUCAAGCAAAAUUUUACCGAGAGGAUUUUCACGCCCUUGCAGGAAUAUUUUUACGAUGAUUCCCGAGGAGACACGAAAAGUCCCGGAGUAGAGUCGCUGCUGUCGACUCCGAGUGUCACGCCCUCUAGUGCCAUGAUGCGCUCAGUUAUCAAAGAGGAGGACGAGAAGGAUUUGGAGAACACCGAUCCGGCCGCAACAGCGAAUCUGGAGGAAUUAGACGCCCCAUUGCCACCACUUCCGGGGUCUGAGCCAGUUUCCGGCGCGGCGAGCCCCGCCCUUCCCGACCCACGGGUAGCGUCAUAUCAAGCUCUCAUGAUGCUGGGGAAAGAGUUCAAAGAGGUGGCGACACUGUACGAUAAUACGGAACUGAAAAACGUCGCUGAACGUUUGCGUUAUCUUACAGAACGGUGGGAGGUCCUUCUUGACGACGAAUGUGAAAUUAAUCCCGAUCUUUUUAGCGUUGAUAGCUACGGCUCCACGGAGAGUUACAUUGAUGAAAAGGCAACAAACCCUAAACUUAUCAAUCUUGUUCGCUUCGUGCCCGAUAUAACUCACAAAUGCAAUAAAGCGGCUUGGUUAGCUAGAAAAUGGCUAGAAAUAGAAAACACUAAAACUCGAGACUUGAAUGAAAAAUUAGUAACCAUCAGGCGCAUACAAAUGGCUGUUUCAGAUAAAUUGGCAGAUCUGGAAAAAAGUAUAGGUGGCCAGGAGUCAAUUCUUCUUCAUCAGAUUGAUGAGCUGCAGUCACUUCUUCAGCGCGAAGAGCGCUCGAGCGAACUCAAUAUUCAGAUUUAUCAAACUGAACAGAGUAUUGAUACUCUGAAAUCACAACUGGAAAAGGCGCAGAACGAAAGGGAACAACUUGUGAAACAACUGACAGAAGCGAAACAAACCAAAGCUGAGGAUUACAAAACCAUCAGACUUCAAUACGAACAAAAUCGUCUACAGAGGUUUCUUCUGCGAAGGAACAUGAAAGUGGAAAAGUACAGGAAAUCUGUCUUGCGCUCUGACAUGCACGUGGAGCUAGCCGUGAGACCGAGCAUGAUUCGCUUCACUGACCACGUGCAAGAGACGUGCGAAGAACUGGAGCAGAAGAUAGACAAGUCAAAGAAGGAAAAGAGAAAACUCGAGCACGCCAUGAUCCCUCUGCAAGAGGACCAACACAAAGUGCAGGAGAAGUUAUGGCGGCAACAGGAAAGCAGACGACCCAGCGUCUCCGAUCCCGCCACCAGCAAUAACAACCUGAGGGAGCACUUGAAAGAAACCAGCAGACGACCCGCGUCUUCUGCCAGCAAUAUGAGCGCGCGAACCCAAGACGCUAGCGUCCAGACAGUGAUUUCUCGCCAAGAGCGGGUCACGUCUGCGGACGAGGCCAUGCUGGACGUACAUAACAUGCAAUUCAGUCCCUCCAUGUUGCAAAAAAUAAAGGAGGUGAAACUUUAGCGAGUAAAGGGAUUUCUGUGGAAGUCCAGUAUUAAAAGAGGACACACAUUGUUAAAUUUGCAUUUAGCGUUGGACAAAUGUUUGCUCCAAUGUGAAUUAUUUCAGUGUCAUAAUCGGCAUACAUCCAUGACGACAUAGCAAUAAUUUUACAUGUGAGUAUCUUUGUUAUUCGUUUUUAUAAGUGCAUUGGAGGUUAAAUGUAUUUUCAUACUUGUCAGACAUGCAGUGCAGUAAGAAGAAUUUAGCCGAAUUUUCUUAAAGAAUUGAUUUAUUGUGUUUUCGAAGCAUUGCGGCCCAACUGUCGCAAUGCAGAAUGUCGAAACCCGUUGAACGACGUUGCUCCCGAUUAAUUUCUGUUCACUGAAAGGGUACUUUUUAUAACAAGAACAUCAUGUUUCUAAAUGACGGUGUAUUGUUAUGUUAGAGGACAGGAAUCACAAUUCAAAUAUGUAGACAUUGUACUGUGAAACUAAAAACUCAGUUUAAAGGGCACCUGUCUCGAAGCCCAUAAAAGUUAUGCCUAGGGACGCUUGGUUGGCAAAGGAACUAUGCACAUUAUAGUAUAUGUUCAUACUAUGCAAUUACCAUGAUGGAUUUAUUAGUGCAUUCAAGUGAAAAUUUACAGUGCUCUCUUUUGCUCAAGGUUUUAAUUUUUUACCAUGCAAAGCACU